GACUCACCUCACCCAUCAAAAAAAAUACAACACAUUGGAGACCGAUUACUUAAUUUUGACAGACUUGUGAACAGAUAAGAGGACGUCUGUUGCGACGUGGCAAUUGAGAAUUUUGGGGGACGGGAGAGGCGCAAAGUCCUCCAGAAAGGCAUCUUGUUCGUCUGGGAUUUAGUUAGGGUUUUACAUAUCCAGUCCCCACUGACAACCCGAGACUGCGGUUUGGCUUCUCUUCUUGUGGAAUUCACUUUGUAGAGAUGGCACUGCAACAUAUUAUGAAGUUCCAGUGCCUUUGUCCUCUUUCAAUUGAGAACAAACUUAAAAUGUCUCCUUCAUUUGCUGGUAUUACACUCAAGUUUACGGCAAAACAAAGCAACCCAGAGAUUUCUACUUGCAGGAUGGACUGCUUUUGUUUAUCAUCAAAGCUUCAUCUCUCUCCUUCGCGGAAGAAGCAAGGUAGUGGCCUGAGAUGGAGCAGAAUCAGAGCUCAAUCAGGAGAGAAAUUUAAGUCUAAUAAUGGAAAGGAAGCACGAAAUUUUGAAUCUAGUGACAGUGAUGAGGAUGAUGACGAUUCCUCGGCUAGAAAGGUUAACAUGGAUGACCCCUAUCUAAUGGAUGCUGAAGAGAGACAAGAAUGGAGGAGAAAGAUUAGAGAGGUGCUCAGUAAGUAUCCUGAUUUGGAGGAGGAAGUUGAUCCCAAUAAGAAGAGAGAACAAAUGCAGAAGCUUAUGGCCAAGUACCCGCUUGUUGUGGAAGAGGACGACCCUGAUUGGCCUGAGGAUGCAGAUGGGCGGGGAUUCAGCUUUAGUGAGUUUUUCGACAAGAUUACUAUCAAGAAUGAAAAGGAUGAUGAUGAUGAAAAUUACGAUACCGAGAAUGAAAUAGUGUGGCAAGAUGAUGAUUACAUUCGUCCUAUCAAAGAUAUUAGCACAGCAGAUUGGGAAGAGACUGUGUUUAAAGACUUUAGUCCCUUAAUUGUUCUUGUGCAUAAUCGCUAUAAAAGACCAAAGGAAAAUGAAAGAAUGAGAGAUGAACUGGAGAAAGCUGUGCAUAUCAUAUGGAACUGCAGGUUACCUUCUCCAAGAUGUGUUGCGAUUGAUGCCAUCGUUGAGGUUGAUUUGGCAUCUGCUCUAAAGGUGUCUGUCUUUCCAGAGGUUAUAUUUACAAAUGCUGGGAAAAUCUUAUACCGUGAAAAAGCAAUUAGAACAGCAGAGGAAUUAUCAAAGAUUAUGGCAUUCUUCUUUUACAAAGCAGCCAAACCUCCCGGUUUGAAUUGCACUGGAAAUACUGAUGAGCUAAUCCCUUCUGUUGUCACGAACAGCCAAACACGCUAAAAUGCUUCUUCUACUAGUCAGAUGCUUGUCAAAGGCAUCUCACCACUUUUUAGGGGUAAAUGAUGAUGUCUAAACAGUUGGGGUCGCUGAGAUACUGAUGUAUACCUACAUGUUAGUUUAGUAGGGGAUUCUAUGAGAUCGCAAGGGAAUGCUGGAAAUCUGAUGGUUUGUAACUUUGUAUGGAGUUGAACAGCUAUUCACUUUGUUUUCUUUGUAUCAAGUUGGAAAUCUGAUCGCAAAGUGUGCAUUUUAUAUCCGUGCCAUCCUGCAAAUGGAUUCAAGAGUCUGAGCCUCUGAGGCUAGUUGUUGUGCACGCCACAGCAGCAGAAGGCAUCGUGGUAAUGGAAUCUGAAGGCAAAGAGCUGUCCUAGGUUUGAGCCAUCAAACCUGCAGUUAUCUACACCCAAAAACUGUUCGGACAUUUUCCUGAGCUACCAGAGACCCAGAACCUAAAUCCACAGUGGUCGAGACUCAGAGGUGGACUGUAAGAUUUCCAAUCUGCCUCAGCUAAGCUAGUUAGGAACUCCAACGAGCGUAAAGCCGAAGACUGACCUUUCCCUGUCCGUCGACGGUGUGAAAGCUUUGUCCAUUCGAGCAUUGUCCAUGUUGUUCUUAAACCUCUUGGCACAUAAAAAUUACAUUGGACUGGUUCAUCCA